GCGCAACAGGCGGGCAGUGGAAUGCUGUCAGGUGGUGCUGCUGCUGGUAAUCGCUGGCUGAUGGGCCGGGACAACUCCAGCAGCUGCAGCAUCGCACCCACCUACCCGGAGCUGCUCCACCUGGAGCUGGGCCAGAUACAUAAUGCCUCGUCGUUCUCUCGUUUCCCUCCUCCUCCUCACCAACCCGCCCCACCUAGCCCCACUGCUCAACGCACCCACACAACAUGUCGACCAAGAAUAACCCCAAGUAUGCCCACCCCCUCGACGCGCUCUCCAAGGCCGAGAUCCUCGCCUCGGUCGACGCCGUCCGCAAGUACAUGGCCAAGGGAGCCUACGAGGGCGCGCCGGCCAACAAGCCCCUCUUCAACUCGGUCUCGCUCCUCGAGCCCCCCAAGUACGAUGUCCUCCGCUGGAUGAAGCUCUUCUCCGAGGAGGAGAUUGCCACGUCCAAGUCGGCGACCCCGGCCAAGACUGUCACCCGCCAGGCCGACAUCCACCUCAUCUGCAACGACUCGUUCCAGGCGUUCGAGGUCGUCGUUGACCUCCCCUCCAACCUCUCGCACGGCGCGACCAAGGUCGACUCGCCCAUCGUCUCGAGCUGGAAGCUCCUCGCCAAGGGCGUCGAGCCCUCGCUCCAGACCGAGGAGCUCCUCUGGGCCGAGGAGAUCUGCCGCACCGACCCCAAGGUCAAGGCUGCUGUCGAGGCCGUCGGCAUCAAGCAGGAAGACCUGUACGUCGACGGCUGGUGCAUCGCCUACGACGAGCGCUUCCCCAACCGCCGUCUGCAGCAGUGCUUCCUGUUCGCGCGUCUCCGCCCCGGAGACAACCUGUACGCGCACCCGCUCGACAUGAUCCCCGUCAUGGACUCGCACACUGGCGAGAUCAUCACGAUCGACUACCCCCCCAACAACCCCGACGAGAAGAACCCCGUGCCCGCGUCGAGCGCCGACGCUUACGCCAAGGCCGAGGGCGACAAGCCCCGCGAGCGCUUCGGCCCCCCCAUGGCCGCGCACAACUACCUCCCCGAGCAGAUUGUCCAGGACGAGCCCAACUUUGCCGUCCGCGACACGCUCAAGCCUCUGCACGUCCUCCAGCCCGAGGGUGUCUCGUACAAGCUGUUUGGCAAUGUCAUGGAGUGGCAGAACUUCAAGUUCCACGUCGGCUUCAACUACCGCGAGGGUCUCGUCCUCUCGGGCAUGACCUACGAGGACGGUGCCAAGGGCGAGCGCCCAAUGUUCUACAGGAUCUCGGUCGCCGAGAUGGUCGUCCCCUACGCCAAGGCCCUCUUCCCCCACCACCGCAAGCAGGCGUUCGACACUGGAGAGUACGGUAUCGGUGCGCUCGCCAACUCGCUCGCCCUCGGCUGCGACUGCCUCGGCUCGAUCACCUACCUCGACGCCGACAUGGUCACCCGCGAGGGUAACGUCCAGACGAUCAAGUCUGCCAUCUGCAUCCACGAGGAGGACGCCGGUAUCCUUCACAAGCACACCGACUUCCGUGACAACAAGGCCCACGUCGCGCGUAACCGCCGUCUUGUCAUCUCGUCCAUCUGCACCGUCGCCAACUACGAGUACGGAUUCUACUGGAACCUGUACCUCGACGGCUCGAUCGAGAUGGAGAUCAAGGCGACCGGUAUCGUCAACGCCUACCCCCUCCGCAAGGACGAGGCCCGCGACCCCGCCCACGAGGUCGAGGUCGCGCCCCAGAUCGCCGCCCAGCACCACCAGCACCUCUUCUCGGUCCGCCUCGACCCCAUGCUCGACGGCCUCAACAACCGCGUCACCCAGGUUGAUGUGAUUCCCGACGAGGGCGAGGUUGGCUCCGAGACAAAUUACUACGGCAACGGCUUCCACACCGUCAAGACGCCGUUCAAGACGUCCAAGGAGUCGGUGGCGCACGCCGACCCCCUCAAGUGCCGCUCGUGGCUCAUUGAGAACCCCAACAAGCUGCACUACUCGUCCAAGGCGCCCAUCGCCUUCAAGAUCCAGUGCAAGGACAUGCCCCCUCUCCUCGGCAAGCCCGGCUCGCUCGUCUGGAACCGUGCCCCCUGGGCCCGCCAGCACAUCUUCACGACCGCCUACAACGAGGAGGACCCCGACAAGAUGUUCCCGUCCGACAUCCACAUCAACCAGCACCCCGGUGCCGAGAAGUUCGGCUCGCAGAUCUGGGUCGACCGCAACGCGGACAUCUCCAACUCGGACAUUGUCGUCUGGCCUACCAUGGGUGUUACCCACCUGUGUCGCCCCGAGGACUGGCCCAUCAUGCCUGUCGAGAUCCUUCGCUUCCACCUGAAGCCCUCCGGCUUCUUCGACCGCAACCCCGGCCUCGACGUCCCCUCGAUCGCCGACGCCAAGUCGCGCUUCGCCAACGAGGCCUUUGCCAACGGCACCUCGAACGGCACGAACGGCACUGCUGCCACCAACGGCGACUCGUGCUGCGCCCGCUAAGUCAUGUCUAUAUACUCUCGCAUAGGAAUCCUGGUUUGUACAAUCUCUGUGUAAAGUAGCCAUUACAUCCGGUUGGAUCAAUGCAAUAGUUGGUUUGAA